AUGGGUCGGACUUGUCCAUUCUGCAGUUCUUCAGAAAUUGAUGAAGACCCAUCUCGUGGAGAUGCGACCUGUAUGAAUUGCGGUACUGUUUUGGAGGAAUCGAGGAUCGUUUCUGAUGUCCAGUUUCAGGAAACUAGUGGUGGUGGACAUGAAGUUAUUGGUGAGUCUCCGAUUAAUUAGAGGCAAAGUGAGGCGACGUUGUGUAAAGAUUUCUUUGCUUUUUGGCUUUUUAGAUGAAGAUUUCGAUCAAUUUUUAAUCUUUCAGGUCAAUUCGUCAGUAGUGAGCGUUCUGGUGGCGGAAUUGGCGGAGUUCCCGGAGUGGUCAAGUCUGAAUCUCGAGAACUCACGUUCUACAAGGGGAAGAAGCUCAUUCAAGAGGUAAAUAGAUUUCUUAUUUCGUUUAUGUCUUUAGGUUGCCAGUCAGCUUCGAAUCAACAACCAUUGCGUGAAUACUGCCUACAAUUUUUUCAAAAUGUGUGUCUCUCGCAAUUUCACUCGUGGAAGAGUAAGGUCUCAUGUGGUUGCGGCUUGUCUUUACAUGACGUGCCGCUUAGAGAAUACGUCGCACUUAUUAUUGGACUUCUCCGAUGUCACUCAAGUUAAUGUUUUCGAUCUGGGAAGAACACUCAACUUUUUAACUCGAUCUCUAAAGAUUAAUCUACCUACUACUGACCCCUGUUUAUAUGUCCUUCGAUUCGCAAUCAUUUUGGACCUCAAGGAAAAGCAGAAAGAAGUAAGUUUUAUAUUCGAAUUAGAGUUUUAAAUCCGUCGGGAAAGAUAAAGUAAGGUAAAUUUAUUCAGAUUGUGUCGUUAGCAACAAGAAUUGUUCAAAGGAUGAAGCGAGAUUGGAUGUCUACAGGACGACGACCCACUGGAAUCUGUGGAGCUGCUCUUCUCUUGGCUUGCCGAGCUUUGAACGUGAAUCGGAGCAUCGCUGAUAUUGUUCGAGUGGUUCAUAUUAGUGAGACUGUGGUCAGAAAAAGACUCGAUGAAUUUGCUAGCACUCCUUCUGGAAGUUUGACCAUAGAUGAAUUCCAUGUUGUUGAUCUGGAAGAGAGUCAAGAUCCCCCUUCAUUCCAAGCGGCCAAGAUGAAAACAAAGGAAAUGGCCAAGAAACAAGAAGAAGAAAUGAGGGCUGAAGCUGUCACUAAGGAUGUUAGUCGGUUAUUAUUUGGUUUAGAUUGUUUUUUUUUAUUUUUUUAUGGUAAUUAUAUUUACAGUUUGACAAUAUACAUAAAGAAGUGGAAGAAGCCUUAAAACAAAAGAUGAAACGAUCUCCCUAUGCCAAAUACGUUGUUGGAGAGUUCAAAGAUGCCUCGGUUCCCGAGUUGUCCAACGCUGCCACUGUAAUCCAAUCUGAAUUGCUGGAUACGGUCUAUAAAAUGGCAGAAGAUAGCGAAAUGUCGUUUGAGUAAGGAAGAAAAUAAUAUUUAUAUUGUUUUAGCGACUUCCAAUCUCGUCAAGGGCCCUCGUUGCGUUCUCUCGGUAUCAUUUCCGAAUCCGUCCCGUCAACUUCAGCCCAAACCCCGGUAGAAAAUGAUAAUGGCGAGCUGGAUCUGGAUGGUAUUGAUGACGAUGAAAUUGAGUCUUAUAUCUUGUCGAAUGAAGAGGCUGAGUUGAAAAGCGAGGUGUGGAUGAUGCGGAAUGGAAUCCACUUGGAGGAAAUGGAGAGAAAGUGAGUUGUUUUUGUCUUUAUGUGGGUGAUUUAAAUGUUGAGUUUGAAUUUUAUCGGCCUAUUUUAGACGAUUAGCCCGGUUAGAAGAGGAAGAACGAGAACGGGAGAAUCCGAAGAAAAAACGGAAAGUUGUCAACAAAAAACUCCCCAUCAACGCCUCCAAUCACACCGAAGCCAUGUUACAAGUUAUUCAAGAGAAGAAACUGUCCAACAAGAUCAAUUAUGACAUCUUGAAAGAGAUUGAGGCAUUAACCCCACCAAAUACAGAGGCUCCUUUGUCCGUGGUCACCAAAUUGGAGGUAAAUAAUCGAUCAAUGGAUUCAUUAUCAAGUACUCACACUGAAUCCGUGGCCUCUAAUACUCCCUGCACAAACACACCAACAUCUGAAGACCCUCCCAAUACGGAUUCGCAACCUCAGGUCGAAGAGAAUACCACCGAAAAGGAACCAACCCCUGCCCCAGCGCCUAAACAAGCCCCAUCCAAGCCUACUCAAAGCAGGUACAGACGAAGUAAGUUUUUUUUGUGCCUGCAAAUGUUCUAACACUUUACUUUAGACAUGAUCCGACCCAAAGGCCCCACGGCGCGAUGA